UUUCGGAAGCAGAUGGAUAGACUCAAAAGUACCCAAACAAAAGAUUUAUUGUUAGUCUUCAGUCAAGUCCGACAUGAAAAGUAUGUUCUUCAACAAAUCUCCAGACAACUAAAUCACCACGAUGUUCGUCGAACGAGAGGGGCUAGUGGAUGUUAUCUGAUGGCUCUGGAACUUCUACAGCUACACAAGAAAAUAUUUUAUUGGAAGAAGUGUUCUUGA